AUGCCCGCUGUGGUGCUAGGCUUGGACCUUAGCUUUGGAAAGACCAUUUUGAAUAUGUUCCGGGAUCUGUUUAGUCGCGAGCUCUUCCAGUACGACGGCAUCUUUGACUGGACUGUCAACAAGUACCAGGCAAACAGCAAGAGGCUUGUGGAUCAGUUGGAGAAACAGGACAAGAAGGGUAAACGUGCAGUUAAAGGGGAUAGCUAG